AUGGAUGGGUGCGAGCUCACACUCUGCCGACUUCCUGUCCCAUAUGGGAACGCCCACUUUGUUCUUUGUUCGUCAUUAGCCAUUCACGCGACGCACCGGCUCGGCAUGAGGUCUAGCGCUUAUGUCUCCGUCUCCAGCCGUGCGCCUCCCCGCUCGCAAACCCACGCCAUGACACAGUCUGGCCGCAUGACAUGUCACACACCUCAGAGUCCCGUGAUUACUGCGGAUGACACCCAUUGUGCGGCUGAUUCACACGGGGCUCUGAUCAUUAGCUGCGCUCGCGACGCCACAUGGGCUCUUCUGACGGAGCGACAGAGGAACCGGUGUCACCCGACGCUCCGAUGUUUGCUCUACACGUCUCUGUCACCUACUCUGAGGCGGCAAUGUAAGGAGGAAGUUUAG